UACAUACACAUCUAAGUACUUGCCACAAACAUUUAAAUCACAACCACUAGUUUUAAGCCAAAAACAAAAACACAUUAUUUUUCUUCCAAUGGCUGCCGCUUCAGCUUCUCUACAAUCAAUCCCAUCAUCUGUCAAGCUGUCAUGCACCACCCGCGCCACUAGUGUCACAGCUAGUAACUGUCUGUCAUUCAAAAACUCAAUUAACCCAGUUUUCUCUCAGAAACUAGCCACCACUUCCAAGGCUUCGGAUAGCCGAAGAGGAUUUAGCGUCAAGAGUCAAAGCAACCCGACGGAGUCUUCGAGACCUACGAAAGUUCAUCAGCUGUGUGUGUAUGAGAUCAACGAAAGAGACCGUGGAAGCCCUGCGUAUCUUCGAUUGGGUCAAAAACCCGUGAAUUCCCUCGGUGAUCUUGUUCCGUUUACCAAUAAAGUAUAUAGUGCGGAUCUUCAAACAAGACUGGGGAUCACCGCCGGAAUAUGCAUUCUGAUCAAGAACAUGCCGGAGAAGAAAGGUGACCGGUACGAAGCUAUUUACAGCUUUCAUCUAGGAGACUACGGGCAAAUAUCGGUACAGGGUGCAUAUGUGACGACGGAGGACACUUAUCUUUCCGUCACCGGCGGUACCGGAAUCUUCGCCGGAGCGUACGGUCAAGUCAAGUUGCAGCAGCUGGUGUUCCCCUUUAAGUUGUUUUAUACUUUUUACUUGCAAGGUUUGUCUGCUGAUUUGCCGUCGGAGUUGUUGGUGACUCCGGUUCCGCCGUCUCCGGCGGUGGAGGCGUCGCCGGCGGCGAAAGCGGUGGAGGUUGGGGCUACUGGUCCAAACUAUUCUGAUUAAAGUGAUUAGUUGUACCUUUGGCUUUAUGAGUUGUACCUUGGUGGUAGGUAGUGUUUGUGAGUUGUACUUUUGGCUAUGUAGUUUGUACUUUGAGGGGUAAAGUUGGAAAAUUAAAGCAUUGAAUGAGCCAAUGAGGUCCAUGUAUUGAGAGUAGCUUUAUAACUUUUUUGGUCAUAAAUAAUGAAAAUAAUAAUAUUUGUUGGAUUGAUAGGGUGUACGACUUUUAAUAGAAAA